CCUCCUGGCCCGCAGGCUCGGCCGUGCAGGCCCAGGCGCCGCCCGAGGGCCGGUCUCCCCUCAGAGCAGCCCGCAAGGCCGCGCGGAUCCGGCCCUGGGGCCUGCGGCUGGGAUCCUCUGGCCGGGGAUCGCCACCAGCCUGACUGCUGGCCGCAGUUUUUUAUCAGAACGAGAACAUGGGGGACGUGACACCAGCAGAGGAGACUGAGCUCGGGGCUUCUUCCUGCCAGCUCUUUGACUCCAGCAUGAGGAAUGAAGCAAGAAGGCUGAGGACUUUCCAGCAGUGGCCAGACACCUCACCCGUGUCUGCCAGAGACUUGGUCAGGGCUGGCUUUUUCUUUGUGGGGCCAAAAGACGAAGUACAGUGUUUCUGCUGUGGUGGUGUCCUGAAGGACUGGGGACCUGGUGACUGGCCAGCACUAGAGCACCUGAAGUCCUUCCCUUCCUGUAAAUUCAUUUGUGGUGAGGACGUUGGGAACCAAGAGAUGCUUCGUCUCCAGGAAAUCUUUGACACUGUGGAUGGGCAGUUCCUCAGCCUUUUGCAGGGGAUAGACAGUGAGGAGACAGCCCUGCCCAGUGAACCAGAAUACCCAGAGAUGGAAACGGAGGAGAUGAGACUAUCUACAUUUCAGAACUGGCCACAAUAUACUGACGUGCGUCCUGAGCAACUGGCUAGAGCAGGAUUCUUUUACACAGGACUAAAUGAUAUAGUGAGGUGUUUUUACUGUGAUGGACACGUGAGGAACUGGUCGUUUGGAGAUGAUCCUUGGAGGGAACAUGCCAAAUGGUAUCCAGGGUGUGAGUUUUUAUUGCGGUCAAGAGGAAGAGAAUUUAUUCGCAGUGUUCAGGAGUCCUUUUCUAGCACCCUGCUAUCUCCAAGGGAUUCCUGGGAUCAGACUGAACAAGGUUCCCCUGCUGCUUCAGACCUUUUGAGGAAUUGGCAAUUACGGGCUUCUCCUCUGAAUUGGUUGACCAGAGUGUGGGAUGUCCUGGAUAUGGACUUUCCCCCCAUGCGGGUGGCCAACCUGGUAGAGAAUCAAUCCAUACUGAUUUGGACCUUCGACCUUUCUGAGUCUGAGCUGGUUUCUGAUCUGCUCCAGCCAGACUGGGGAGAGGGCAGCAGUGCAGAGCAGAACAGAGAUGCCGUUCAGAGGGAGACCGAAACAUCAAGUUUGAGAGAAGAAACACAAUCUGUGCAACAAAAGAAAUCAGAUGAGUCUCGGAUGAGCACAGAAGAACAGCUCCGACGCCUGCAAGAGGAAAGGAUGUGCAAAGUGUGCAUGGACAGAGAUGUGUCUGUUGUGUUUGUUCCUUGUGGCCACCUGGUUGCUUGUGGAGAAUGUGCCCUCAGUCUGAGACUGUGUCCUAUCUGCAGAGCAGUUAUCCAGGGAAGUGUGAGGACUUUCAUGUCCUGAGCCACGAUGUG